AUGGAAACUACAUAUGGCGACGAUGAAUCAUAUGAUGGUGAAGAAAACACAAACAAUCUUUCUGAUAGAGAACAUACUGAAGAAGACAUAUCGCAGCAGUCCAAAGACAUGAACGAUAACAAACUGAAUCUAAUACCAUUUCAUCCACUCAAUAAUCCUUCUCAAGAUAACGUACAACAAAAUAUAAUAUCUAAUUUUAAUAAACACACUUUUGUAUCAGGCGAUAGAAGUUUUUCUUUCCAUAAUUUCAACGGUCCUAUCAGUAAAGAAGUAAGACAAGUCGUGGUACCCAAUACAAACCCUCGGCAACCUGGUGCUCAGAGUAUAGACUUUGUAGGUAAACCUGAUUAUUCAUUUGCCUAUGGGGUACACGAUGAUCAAAUAAAAAAUUCUCACACCCACAUGGAAUCCAGAGACGGAGAUGCUCUUCGAGGAGAAUACAGAGUACUUCAACCGGACGGACUAGUUCGAAUAGUUCGAUAUGUGGCUGAUCCUGUAGCAGGAUUUCAAAUGACCGUGGCGUAUGCGAAAUUUUAG